UGGAUACCUCCAAGUAGUUCAGAUAUGGAAAAAGAGGAAACCAUUGCUCCUCAACAAGAAGAAUAAGAAGACAGUGAGAAGACUGAUCUUACAUUCCCUUUUUAGGAAAAAAAAUAAGUGGGGGAUGCAGUUUUGAAUAUAAUCAAAUGGAAUGGUGAAAUAAUUGGCAAUAAGACUUCUGUAGCCAUGGCUAGUUCUGACGUGAAACCAAAAUCAAUAAGUCGUGCCAAAAAAUGGUCAGAAGAGAUAGAAAAUCUGUACAGAUUUCAGCAAGCAGGAUAUCGGGAUGAAAUUGAAUAUAAACAAGUGAAACAAGUUUCUAUGGUAGAUCGUUGGCCAGAGACAGGAUACGUGAAGAAACUCCAGAGAAGGGACAAUACUUUCUAUUACUACAACAAACAGAGAGAGUGUGACGACAAGGAAGUCCACAAAGUAAAAAUUUAUGCUUACUAGCCUUUGUUCUUUGUGUUACUUAUCAUUACUUUUUAAGAAUUCAAUUGCUUCAUUCUACAUCAUGUAAAUGUCAUUUUACAAACUAAUUCAAAAUGCAGACCUCAACUGAGUGUUAUGAAACAUGAAAGCCUUGAAACCUGGUAUCAAUCAUCCUGUUCUGUUCAAAAAAAAUAAUUGCAGAAGCAUUAAAAUCGUACCCAUCUUGGUCCUGUU